AUGACUCACGUUAACAUGCUAGACAAACUCAUCUUUCACAGAACAAACGAUUCAACUGAAGUAUCGCCUAGCUUUAAUAAAUUUAAAACCACGAUGGAAUGUCCGUUAUUUCUGUGGAGCGAUUCAGAUAUAAGUGAAUUUAUCGGAUACUUUUACACUUUAAAUGUGUAUAAACAGUUAUUGACAAACACCAAUAAGACAGAGCCGCGCACUCGGAGACCAUUUCACGGCGGCCUCGUACUAAUAGACACAGAUGAAUUUGACAAAUACAACGAUUAUAUUUUGGCGGCGACAUAUUUUGAUUUUAAAAAGAUACAUUUCAAUGUUGGUUUGUUGUAUUACAUUUUGUGGAAAAAUUGCGAAAAUAAAGAAUGGAUGGAUAGAAAUGUAGUUGAACAAUUUAAGAAAUAUGCGAUGAGACGUAUUAGUGCGACUGUGUGUAAGAUUGGACUAUCAGGAUUGCCACUAGAUCCUCCACAUAUAACGUCUUUACCAACCGCUUUGUGGUACUGCGUUGAAUUGUCAUCAUGCUUAUUCAAAAAUGAUCAGGUAAAUUUCCAUCAUGAACGUUUAAGGAUGUAUUACGGCGUAGCGCACUGUAUGAUCGAAAUAUUAAACUAUCUUGCUUACGAUUUAGAUUUGGAUAGUAUUGAAAAACGUCGAGAUGUAAUUAGGCAUGUAAUGAUAUUGAAAAAAAAUUCAUCUGAUAAAGAAAAACUGUAUUAUUUAUUAGAGAGAAUAUUCAAAAAUGUUAACGGUUUUCUCGUCUCUGAAAUUGAAAAGCCGUUUAACAUAAAGAAACUCAAUUACCUAAAUUUGAAUCAUAAAGCUAUGAUCGGCGAUGAUGACGCAAAUGAUGAUGCAGUUGUUAAUCUUAAUGACUAUGUGCACUUAAUGUAUUUCACAAAUAAUCAAAUCAAAAUUCAAAUAAAUGAAAAAACAUUCCGUCCAUUUUUCACAAUUGAAAACAACAAAUCAUUUUACGCAGAAUUGUUUAAGGUUGCAAAAAAAGUGGUUAUCAAUAGCGACGGGGAUAAAGACAAAAUAAAUAUUACUUACGAUGCCAUUGAUUCGCUUGAGUUUGAUAGACUUUUGUCCUUAUAUAACUUGUUUAUUAAAUGCGUUAUAGAUUCGGAGAAAUUUCCCACUUUAGAUGAAUACAUCGAAUACAUUUUGAAGAAAAAAACAUAUCACGGCGAUUUGAUAACAAUUUUCCCAUUGAAUGUAGUUUACAAAAUUGAAGAAGUGUUUUCGCGCUACCAGGGUAUAUUAGUGACAAAAGUCGAUGUUCAAGAAUUUAUAAACGUGUGUAAAAACUACAUAAGUCGAAUCGAACGUGUUAAAGCAGAAGAAAUAAUUAAAUUCAAUAGCGAUAAGGAAAUUCAAGAAUUUAUUUCUGGCGAGGCACAUAAAGUAAAUUUGAAAAAACCCGGUCCGAAACCACGGAUAGUGAAGAGAUCAAACCGCACGAAAAGUAAAAAACCGUGAUAUAGUUUGACAUUUCCGUCAGUAGAAAAAGUCAGCAAAUUUAAAAAAGCAAAUUUAAACCGUACAGUAUCUUUAAUAAAGUCGAAACAAUAUAAAAUUAUAAAUGUUGUAGC